UUUGGUUUCAUCUUCGUUCAUACAAACCCAGACGAGACGAAGCUUCUCUCUUCAUCUUCAUCUCCUUUUCAGUACAAUCCAGAAUCAACCCAACUCAACAAAUAACCAAAAUCCGCCAUUGAAUUGAAACUGAGACGCCUUCAUCAACCGCACGCAGCUUCUCAUGUCUUGUCUUCUCAUCCAUGGAUUUCACGAGAUCGAGCUCUUUGACGAUGGGAGAACGGAUCUGUGCGGCGUUUAUGCCGUUCAUUGCGAUUGUUGAGGUCUUGAUAUUCGCCGUCGUCGAUUGCUUUGAUUGCCGGCCCCUUUCCAACAAGAACUAUCGUUACCAUUACGAAGAUCUCGCUCGCCUCGCCGAUGAGACCCGAUUUUCUGUGAAUGAAGUGGAGGCCUUGUAUGAGCUCUUUAAGAAGUUGAGUAGUUCAAUCAUUGAUGAUGGGUCUAUUCACAAGGAAGAGCUUCAAUUGGCGCUGUUCCAAACUCCACAUGGCGAAAAUCUUUUCCUAGACCGGGUUUUUGAUCUUUUUGAUGAAAAGAGAAAUGGUGUUAUUGACUUUGAUGAAUUUGUACAUGCACUCAGUAUCUUUCAUCCCUGUGCUCCUAUAGAAGAAAAAAUCGACUUUGCAUUCCGGCUAUAUGACCUGAGACAAACUGGAUGCAUUGAGCGAGAAGAAGUGAAGCAAAUGGUAGUUGCAAUAAUGAUGGAAUGUGAUAUGAAAUUAUCAGAUGAUCUUCUGGAGUCCAUUAUUGACAAGACAUUUGCUGAUGCUGAUGCAGACAAGGAUGGUAGGAUCAACAGAGAAGAAUGGAAAGCAUUCGCCAUUCGACAUCCCACCCUCUUGAAGAACAUGACUCUUCCUUACUUGAAAGACAUCACCACAGUAUUUCCAAGCUUCAUUUUCAACACCGAGGUCGAAGACUGAUCAUUUUUUGGAGUUUCCCUCAGUUGCAUCCACUAGAUUAAAAUGAAGAGAAUUGGCCCUUUUUACCCUUUAAGCAAGGCUGCAUUGCCUGCCAUAACAGGUCCUUUUUAAUCAAAAUUUGUAUAUGAAUUGAUAUCAUAUUCCUAGGCUGUACAAUAUGCACUUUUUUUUUCCCUUUUCAUUUUGUGAAAAGGAACUUGCUAACCAAGGUUUUUGUAAAAGCUUUGAAUGUUUAUAUAUGUAGUUUCUAGAGCA